AUGUUCUCUGGCCUCCGCCGUCUCCAGCUGUCCUCCCGCCACAUCCUGCCCCUCAACACCACCGCGGGGUUCCCAUCCAGCAUCUCCGCACGAUCGAUCGCUCCACGCACGAUGGCUACUGGAAACUCCCACAAGAUCACCGACUGGGUCAAUCCCAACGACAAGUCUGGUGAAUUCAAGCGUCAGCAAUCCGUCUUCCGGAACUGGAUCUCCAGCAAACCCGGCGCGGAAUUCCCCCCGGAGAAGGAUCGCUACCACCUCUAUGUCUCAUACGCCUCGCACCGGACUUUGAUCACGCGAAAGCUCAAGGGCCUGGAGGACAUUAUCUCGUUCACGUCGGUGCAUUGGCAUCUAGCUGAGAAAGGUUGGCGCUUCGCAACCCAAGAGGAGAACUUGCCUGGCGAAAACGCGGUCCCGGAUCCAUUGCAUCCCCAGUAUACGCAUCUGCGCGAGCUCUACUUCUCCAAUGACCCCGAGUACUCGGGACGAUUCACGGUUCCCGUUCUCUUCGAUAAGAAGACCCAGCGCAUCGUGAGCAACGAGAGCGCGGAAAUCAUCCGCAUGUUCUACACCGAAUUCGACUCCCUCCUCCCCCAACAAUACCAGUCCAUCGACCUGUACCCCAGCGCACUCCGCGCCUCCAUCGACGCGACAAACGACUGGACCUACAACGACGUCAACAACGGAGUCUACAAGUCCGGCUUCGCUACCACGCAAGAAGCAUACGAGAAAGCCGUGACGACGCUCUUCGCCUCCCUGGACAAGAUCGAGGAGCAUCUGGCCACUACCCAGGGACCAUUCUAUUUCGGGUCAGCGAUCACGGAGAUCGAUAUCCGGCUGUUCACGACGAUCGUGCGCUUCGACCCCGUCUACGUGCAGCAUUUCAAGUGCAAUGUACGGGAUAUUCGCUCGGGUUAUCCGGCGGUGCAUCGCUGGUUGAGGCACUUGUAUUGGCAGGUGCCAGCGUUCCGGGACACGACGGAGUUCGAACACAUCAAGAAACAUUAUACGAAGAGUCAUAAGCAGAUCAACCCGUUUGGAAUCACCCCUGUCGGACCGGUCCCGGAUAUUCUGCCUCAGGAUGAGGAGGUGAGGGCUGUGGCUGUGGCUGCAGUGAAGAAGUGA